CUUUUUUACCAGUGCUACCACACACAUCAAGUUUGACAAUUAAAUCUAAUUCCAGCUGAACGUUUUCCAAAUUAUCUGUAAAAAUAUAGAAAAAUGAGGGCCACGAAUAUUCAAUUCCAAAAGAGUUUGGCUACUCAGCAAUUUAGGCAUCAGCGGCUUUAUAAGAACCUCACUCACAUAUUGGGAAGAUGCGAGGAGUCCCCAAAGAAGACGCAAAGCGAUGAUUCCCUGGCCCGCAUUCACUUCAAAUCCACGACAUUUUUGGAUGCUUCCUCCGCCGAUCUGGUGACCAACGGGUUGGAUAUUCGCCGCCUACCUGCGGGAGGAGCUUGCAGCUGCCGUUCCAUCUCGCGUCGCUCGGUGCCCGCUGGCCUUAAGCACCACCCUUUAUCCAUUAUCUCGGAAUCGACCCAAACCGUUUCCACCCAUGAGAUGGCUACUCAAGCGGAUAUCCAAACGGAUCCCAAUGAGGACAUGCUAGAUUGCCAGCUCAGCCCAGGUGCAUCCACACAAUCUGUGAUAAAUAAGCACGAUGCAGAAACGCAAUCGGUUUCGGUUUCGACGAAAAACCUAAGCAACACCCAAACCCAAACCGAAAUGAUUGUUGUGGAGGAACCUAGAAAAAGUUCUCUUAAAUCGGAAGAUAGUUCUGAAUAUGAAGAGGUAAGGCCUCAAAAAUCUAGUUCUUCAUUGCGAAGAUGUUUCUUCAGACGACCAGUUAUCGUGGUAAAUGGGGCGUCGCUCUUAUCUUAUGAACUUACAACCAAGUUGCAUCAAGGUAAGGCUGAGCAUCAACCACAUCCAUCACUAGUUACCUCGCAAAAAGUAGAUAAGGAGACACAAUAUGAACACCCACGCACAUCAGAAGUAAGUCAAUCGAAUGCUAAUGCCUCAAGACCUUCAGGCUGCUCCAAAAUACUCGAUAGGGUGGAGGAACUAGAAACAAUGUUAAGGAGGCAAGAGCGAUCUCUGAGGGAUCUGCAAGGCUCUGUGAAAUCAUGGAAAGCCCGGGAAAGUAAACCCUCUGAUUGUAAGAUUAUAUUUCAAGCUCAAGCGAGAGACUGCCAAUUGCCCAGAAAACCAGCAACCUGUGAUCAGGCCACACAGAAAAAAGGCGAAGAUGAAUGUGAGUGCAGCAGGAGUCUUUCCAAAGAAUUUAUUCAAAUUUUUAUAAAACCGGAAACCAACGAAUCGAAAAAUACUGGAUGUGAAGUCCAAAAACCCAUUGCCCCGCCUUCCGGCAGGGAUAACAUUGAAAAUUGCACAAAAAAUAUCUCAAAAUCAAGUCUGUCGAAGUGUUGUAAGGAUGAUAAAGGUGGAAAUUCUAGAAAAACUAAUCAAAUGUCAAUUGGCACACAGUGCUUAGAAGAUGCUGAUAAUUUUCUACAACAGUUCAAUCGCGUUUUUGCCAAGUCCAAGAGUGAGGAAACGAUUUGUGGUGAAAACCAUAAAGUCCAAAAGCCCAUUUCUCCUUGCUGUUCUUCCAUUCCUUCUAAACAAAUUUUAAAGAGAGAAAAGUCUAGUCAUUUACUUGAUAAGUUCGUGGUACGGGUGACCAAACCCAAUGACGAGUCCUUAGGCACAAGAAAGGCUUCUUCCACAUCUUGUUUGGUUACAAAAAAGACAUCAAAGCUAGCAGAGACUGACCAAGCUGCGGAAAAGGAAGUCUACAAGUCAGUGAUCGAGCAGUUCAUCAAUCUGUUUUCCAAGUCCAAGACGUGUGAGAAAAAGCAAGCUCACAGCACAGAGUCCGAGAGUUACUCUUUCGACAGAUUGUUGGCGGAACUACUAAAGCUAUUUGGCAAACCCAAGAGCCUCGAAGAAGGUGUUCCAAUGGAGUGCGACAGGCCCAAGAAGGUCACCAUAUCGGAGGGGGGUACGGUUAUGGGAAACGAACAGAAGUCCAAUUGCAGCUGCUCGAGAGUCCAACGCAGUGUUAAAUCCACUGCAACACAAUCUGACCUCAAAAUGUCGGAUAUGAACCUGGAUAUUAGGGAUCCGGAUAAGAGGCCAUGUGAAUUGGACAGGAAAUCUACGCUAAGCGAGCUGUUGGCUUCCAAUCUAUCUCUAAGGAACACCCAGCCAGGGGAUCCAUCACCAUGUGGUUGCCAAUUCUGUGGCGAUGGCCGACAGCCCGUGCUGGAUACCUUUCUUAGCGAGCUAUUCCACCUGAUUGGACCAAGAUCUUUCGCGGAAGUGGUGCUGACCAUACUGCGGAAUGAGGGGAAUGUCUACCACAUCAGCGUCCGUGAGAUGGCGACGGGCAAUGUCCUGGGCUGCAUUCUGGCCAAUGGAACCGCCAUCAACGAAGCCAUUGCCCUGGGAUUGUUCGAGGACAUCCACACAUUCUGCGAGCUGGACAGGCGCAGGGAGCAUGAUCCCAGGGCGUGCCCGCUGGGCUUCGACGCACUCUGUCCUCGGGAGCGAGGCGGUGAGAUUCUGCCCGAUUUCAGAGGCGACACAGAGAGGGCCAUUGAAUUUUCCACCCGAGUAUUGGGCGUUCCCGCUGGCCAAGCCGGACGCUUCUUCUCCCUGACCAACGCCCUUAAAUUGUCAAGGAAAUCACCCUUUCAUAGAUUUGAUUACUCGAAACUACUCCUCCGUCACGAUGAUCUCGUGAAAAGAGGUCGUUUUGGUCGAGGAGCCGUCACGGGUCAACUAGUUUUCUUGGCUAGCGAAGAUCAUUUACCAGUUAAGGAUCGCAGAGAACCGGGCCAGACAUCCAGCUUGUUCCUUCGCAUAGUUUCUGGCCAGGAUAAUGACGUCCAGGAAGAUGAAUCUAAGGUUGUUGAGUACCAAAACACUAGCCUGUGAAAACUAAAAGUUUUUACAUUUAUCAAAAAAGCUAGACUGACAAAGUAAUCCUCUUUUAAAAUUAAAAAAAUUAUUUUCAUAUGUAACUUUUUAUGUCACUUUCUAAAAUAUAUAUUUGGUUUUUAUUAGCAACA